AUGGAGAUUACGAGUCAGUCUAUGGAAUUGGAAGGUAUUAAAGUUCAUGUACUUGAUGAUACACGUACUGUGAUCCCUACACCUGUAUCUGUUGAGUCUGGUAGCACUGAAAAUAACCCAAGCCAACUUGUUAACACUGGUUGUCCUGCUGUUGUUGGUGAUGGGGCUGGUGAUGGGGCUGCGACUGUGGCUGUGGCUGUGGCUGGGGAUGGGGGCCAAGGGGCUCGGGAUGGGGAUGGGGAUGGAAGUGGCUUGAGUGAGAAUGGACAAUAUCAAAAGAGGGAAAGGUUGUUUCAUAUUAGGUGUUAUGCACACAUUACAAACUUGUUGGUGCAAUCUGGGCUUGCUGAAAUUAGGGGUAUUAUAGAUGAUGUUAGGCAGGGCAUAAAAUAUAUUGUGGCGUCUGAAAGUAGGUUGAAUGUCUUUAGUGAGAUAGCAAAGAGAUUGCAUUUACCCUGUAAGAAGCUGAUUUUAGAUGUCCCCACACGUUGGAACAACACCUAUUUGAUGUUGGACACUGCAAUUAAGUUUAAAGAAGUGUUCCCUAGGUACCAUAGAGUUGAGCAAGCAUUUCAGUGGGUUGUAACUCUAGAACAGUGGGAAAUGGUGGGUAAUGUGAACCAGGUUUUGUCAGUUUUCAAUGAUGUAACCAAUGUUGUUUCUGGUAGUGAGUACCCUACUGCAAAUCUGUAUUUACCUGAGGUUUGGAGGAUGAAAGAAGUUUUGAUGAUCAAGUGUGAUGAUAGGAAUGAGUACAUAAGGUCAAUGGCAAGUAGGAUGAUUGACAAAUUUGAUAAGUAUUGGGGUGAUAGCAAUUUGUUGAUGUCCAUGGCUGCUGUCUUGGAUCCUAGAUACAAGAUGAAGUUGAUCAAUUUCUGUUUCCCUAUCAUCUAUCCUUUGACCGAAGCUUGUAGUCACAUUAACAAUGUGUUGGCAGUUCUGAAAGAGUUAUUUGAGUCGUAUGUUUCUGCCCAUACGGCUUGUAUAUUGCAAGAAACUGCCCAACUUGCCCAAGUAAAUGUUCCUUCUUGUUCUUCCUCAAGUGCAAUUGUUGGAGAUGUGGUGGCCCAAAUUUCUGAAGGUCGAUCAAGGUUUGCUGACCAUAUAAGAAGUAGUGACAUCAUUCGGCCCAUUAAAAUAGAUUUGGAUGUUUAUCUUGAAGAGGAUGUUUACAUUUGUGGUAGGAAUGAGAAUGGAGUAUAUAUGGAAACAAAUUUUGAUGCUUUGGCAUGGUGGAAAUGUAAUGCCUUGAAGUACCGUAUAUUGUCUAGAAUGGCAAAGGAUAUCUUGGCUGUUCCCAUAAGUACAGUUGCUUCUGAAUCCUCCAUCAGUGCUGGUGGUAGGGUUAUUGAACCUCAUAGAGCAUCAUUAUCCCCUGACACUGUUCAGAUGCUCUUAUGUGGUUCAGAUUGGGUGAGAGCACUUCAUGGCAUCAAGGGAAAAUCUGCUAGUGAUAAAUUGGUUGAAGUGGAGUUGCCUACAACUACAACUUCAACUACCUGA